AUGUCCCACGCGUCGGGGCGUCAAUGGUCAGAGAGCGCCUCUUCAGAAAACGACGUAACCUCUGAGAAACCCCCCAACGCCGUGAUCGAUGGGUCUGUACACAGCUCUAAUGACGAUCUGGCUCGUAUGACUGAAAAGGCUGAGGCAAUUCGAACGGCAUGCGAUCUUCGCGACAUAGAUGCUUUAGUGUCGCACGCCACAUCGGAAGGUGGCUUCCUUCAAGAUGGGCUCAGAAGACUAGCCUGGCCCAUACUGCUUCAGUAUGAUAAGAAUAUACAAAAGCCGCUCUCGCCAGAAAGUGACCUACCACCCCACCGCGAUGAAGAACAGGUCCAGCUGGACGUGAACCGUUCAUUUGUGUACUAUCCUGAAUGCCCUGAUGAUGAAUUAUCAACCAAAAAGAAUCAGCUGUCAAGGGUGAUCAAACAAGUUCUGCGAAAUUAUCCUUUGCUGUGCUAUUUUCAAGGCUACCAUGAUAUUGUUCAAGUCCUGCUAUUAGUUCUGGGCGAGGAACAGUCUGCUCCAGCAGUCGCCCGCCUCUCUCUGCUCCGAAUCAGGGACUACAUGUUACCUUCACUUUCACCGGCAGUGAAGCACCUACAGCUUAUCCCAGCAAUUAUCCAAACCGCUGACAAGGCUCUGUACCAGCGGCUUUCAGGAAUCCGACCCUUUUUUGCCCUCUCAGCGACACUCACGUUAUACGCCCAUGAUAUCCAGGAAUAUAGUGAUAUAGCACGACUCUUCGACUUCCUGCUGGCUUGGGAGCCCGUUGUCUCAAUAUAUCUCUUUGUAGCCAUUGUUCUCUCGCGCCGGAAAGAGCUACUCGAGAUACCGGAGGACGAACCAGAAAUGCUGCACUUCACUCUUUCGAAACUGCCUCAACCUCUUGACCUGGAAGGUUUAAUUUCUCGCGCGGUGCAGCUCUACAGUGAUCACCCGCCAGAGAUGUUGCCAUUUGGAGCCUGGAGAAAGAUAUCUAGCUGCAGUGUCCUCAAGACCACACGAGAUGAGUUGAGAACGCAGUCUACAAGCCGAGCGGUUGAACUGUUCCAGAAACAAACCAAUCAACUUCGCAAUGAGGAGAGAAGGGAGCAGUUUGUCGGGUUUCUGUGGAGCCACAGGCGAACCAUAGGCUCCGUGGUAGUUGCUGUCUUCGUCGGCGCGAUCCGCGGGUCUGCGGGUCCUAAUCGCCUUGUCAAUGCUUAUGCUAUGUCCUCCACAGAGCAGCCCGGCAACGUUGCGCCCUCAGGUAAUGGUGUGAAUAAGCGCAAGCCAGGCUCGGCUGCCUGUAUCCACUGCCAUCGCCGUAAAGUACGAUGCGACGCUCGCCUUGUAGGGCUACCAUGCACCAAUUGUCGCUCCGCCGGGAAGACCGACUGUCAGAUCCAUGAGAAAAAGAAGAAGCUGGCGGUGCGCUCGAUACUCGACCCGGUUCCGAUCCGUUGUCGGCCUCUUUAUGCUGGUCAAGAUAAAAAAUUGAUAUCUCGUGCUUCUCCGCGAAUAGAGCCUCCGAAUGCCUUCACGACCGCACUCCGUGCUGUCCAGCCGGAUAUCGCAACACGAUCUGGAAAUGCAAGCCAUGUUCAGGAUUCUCAAAGCUCUCAACCCGCAUACGAAUCCAAGACUACCAACGAUCAUACGCCGGGCGAUAUUCAAUAUCAAAACGUUCUGCCGAAUGCGAAUUCCCCGCCAUAUAACCGCCCCGCGGCCUCAGAUCCGCCCGAGGGAGAGUCGCGUGCGGAUAUUGAAAAACGGUUGGUGCAUCUGAUUGAUGAGGAAGCUUCGGAUAGUCGGGCGAUUCAAAGAGGAGUGCGAGCAAUAUACGUUGGGCACGAGCUUUCAAACAUGUCAUUUUUGAUCCGCCAGCAACGGGACACGGGGGAUGAUGUAUAUCACUUUGCAGGAAAUGAGAUCCCUCGGCGACAGCUACGAACAGGCCAUGAUCAGCUUCUCAUGGAUGCUCUUACACUACCCGAACCCGCUCUUGCCGAUGAGCUCGUGCACGCAUAUUUUGCUCAAGUCAAUUCAGGCUAUCCGAUCGUUGAAGAGGAUUUGUUUAUGUCGCAGUACCGCAAUCGAGACCCGGCUGAUGCCCCUCCAAUUCUUCUUCUUCAAACUAUUCUACUCGUUGGAGCCCACGUUACUCGCCAGAAGGCCGAACGUGACGCGCUCAAAGAUAUUUUCUUUCGCCGGGCGAAGUGGUUAUUCGACAACAGGAUUGAACGAAACCGCGAUAUCUUGGUUCAGGCCGCACUCUUGUUGACAUGGCACUCAGAUGUGGCUGACGACGACGUGUCCGCUAAUGCACACUACUGGAUCGGAAUAGCUGCUAGGAUUGCCACAGGGCUGGGAAUGCAUCGUAAUCCUGUCGGUAGCAGAUUCGUUCCUCGAGAUCGCCGAAUGUGGAGGAGACUAUGGUACAUCCUCGUGCAAUUUGACGUGAUGGUAUCUUUGUCUUAUGGGCGACCACAAGCCAUCAACCUCGAGGACUCUGAUGUUUCCCCAUUGACGCCCUCAGAUUUUGAAGGCUGUGGUGCCCGUGUACAAACCGACUUCGUAAUCCACUUCUCUGAGCUGUGUACGAUGAUAUCGUACAUUGUUCGAGAGCGCUUUGGACUCAGAACCAGCGCUGAACGCCGCAAGGCCGCGCUCCUCGAGGCGGACGAAACGCUAGCGAAUUGGUCACUCAGGCUUCCAGACAGACUACGUCUAAGAGCUUCAGAUAUGGAUCCCUGGUCUGCCAUGCUUCAUCUCACCUACAAUAAUUUUUUAAUCCUCCUCCAUCGACCUCAUCCGAGAGCAUCAGCGUACUCGGAUGAUUACGGUCCACACGACGCCGAAAUUUGCAGCGCAGCUGCCGGAGUGAUAGCCUCUAUCUUCGAGGAGCUUCGUAUGCACGAUCGACUCAAAUUCCUCUGGUACUCUGGCGUACACACCCUGUUCACAGCAAUGAUCCAAGUGCGGGUUGAGCUCCGCUUUUCCAACCCAGUCCUCGCAAUCAACGCUCUUCGUCGCUUCGACUCGGCUUCGUACUCCCUCCGUGAAUUAGCACAGUAUUGGUCUCAUGCCAGCACCAUCCUACGGCUGUUUGAGGAAUCGAGACGACUCCAAGAAGAUCUACAGACUACGACCAGCGAAAGACCUCGUCGCUUCAGCAACAAUACCACGCAUAACAACACCUCGCACCAGAAGAACAAUUCCAGCAUGCCUCACUUGGCAAAUAUCAACAGCUCCACUACACCACCCAACACCACCAGCAUACCCCAUCCACAGCCAAACAGCCAACUAUCCUACGAUGUCCCCACCCCCGAUUCUACCUCCCACCCACACCCACACCCACAAACUAACCUGAGCCCUCAUAACCAUACCAAUGCCAUAGCAACCCAGCCAUUCAACACCUGGAUACCAUCCAACAACCUAACCCCGAUGGACACCGUCGACAACCAACGCGAAUCGCUCGACUGGCGCCAACUCUUCUUAUUCGCGGACCUAGAGGGUCCCGUUCUCCCUUCAGCCAUGGAGGGAAUUACCGAGCUGGAAGACGAAUGGCGCCAGAUAUACUGGCAGGAGACGCCCAUGUCAGACCUCCUGCAGGAUGGUGGGUGGAUGCAUGGGUAG